AGUUCUGUUCCAGAACAAGGCAGACGUCUGGGAGGAAAUUGAGGCCAAGAUCAGCGCUGAGAGUGAAGUUCCCUUAUUGAGAACAUCGAACCAGGAAAUCGUUUCCAUUUUGAAAGAGCUCAGAAGAGUGCAGGGACAGCUUGCAGUUAUCAACACCAUUGUGGAGCCUGGCGGUGCUCUUCAGGCUGCGGCAGCCAAAACAUCCUCUGUUCCUCAGACUCGUCCAUCCUCAAGGCAGAUCAAACCCUCCCACCGAACCCAAACGUCCAACACCAGUGAAAGCACCAAGCGGCCGCCUCGUGGGUCAGAGGCGUCCCGCUAGACCAGCUGAACUGGCUCCUGUAGCACCUCUGGACAGAAAGCCUGCAUCUUCACUGCCAGAAGCCACAGAUCAGAUAGGGCAGAGCUUUAAAGAAAAAGUUUGGAUCGGGUCAAACCAGAAGCUUGGUGUGAGCGGCUCUUUGCCUCUGGCUCCCCAUCAUCUGUCUGCUGCUGGCUGUGAGUUUCACACAGGACAGGUGGGUGCACAGCCUCCGUCAGAGGUCCUCAUCUGCACCGGAGAGGUUCCCAGCACAAAUACACUCUUCAGUGUGUCCUUGUUUGUCCUUGCUCUGCAGUCCAGUGCUCUCUGCUUUCACGUGCGUGGUGUUGAACUGCACUGCUGUACUUUGCCUUCAAGGUUUUGUUUCUGAGGUUCUGGACUGUGGGUCAAACCUGAGCUUCAGCACAGGGCUCUGAUGUGGCACUGAAACAGGUGAAAAGCAUCAUCCUUUAGAUUCAGUGAGUCAGACCUUAGAGAGCUGCUCACACGCCGCUCGGACAGACCAGCAGUGUUACAUGAACUAUUGUAUGAUAGUGCACAAGUAACGUUAUGUUUUAAUGAUGUUUUGAUGCAUUUGAACCAUUGAUUGAUUGUGCCAUCACAGCACUAUAUGUAUCUAUAAAUAGAAAGUCCAACUUUCCCGUCAGCAGUAAGGAUUCGUACAACAACUGAAUGCUGUGAUGUGUGGGCCUUCAUCUCCAUUUACUGUGAAGCUGCAGCAGCUGAAUGUUAUUGUUGCUUACUGUAAAGUGUUUCUUUUGUGAGAAUCCUGCUGGUCUGUGGACAUGCUGAAUGAAUCCAGAAACACUCAGGAGUGAUGAGCAGAGACGAGGCGUCAGACAUUAAUCCAGAGAAGCUCUCCAAAUGUUGAAGUUCUUAAGUUUGUAUGCAAACUGUAUUCAUCCACUGUUCAUGUCUAAUCCAGGCAUCAGCGUAGUAAAGGUGACUGUUCUGUUGGUUGUAGUCUUCAGACCUGCUCAGACGCAGCGUUGUGAUGUGCUAGCUGCAGAUGGAAAGAUCUGCAGUCCUUUAGUCACUUUAUGAACUCAAAGCCACAUUUCCCCUGCAAUGGAGCACACUUAGAAACUACAUUUGUUCUGUCCAACAGAAGCGCGUCCCAGAUGACCAACGUUUCACAAUCCCCUACAGGAAGAGGACUAAACCCAAACGCUUCUUUUCUCGUAACUUUCAGCAGAGACACAGGAUCUUUAAAAGAAAAUGACAACCAUGGUUGGUGUGAAGCUCCCAGCACCCGUGGUGUGUUUACUGCCCCCAGAGGAGAGGCAGCUUUCCCUGACUAUCAAACAAAGGCCUUCAGAAGGAAAACAUCCACUCCCACUUUCAGACUGAGUUUAUGUAAAACCUCAGCUUCACUGCAGCUCUUGAGAAGUGAUACAGGAGUUAGCAGAGUUUCCCCUUUUGAGGAAGAUCCCCACAGAAUGAUGUGAAGAAUGUGUUCCUGUUCUUCAGUUUGUGGGGAAGUUUGUGUUUUUGGAGCGGACUGAGACUUUCGAGUGUUGGAUGGAUGAAGCGGCAGAGGAGCAUGUUCAGGUUGAUUUAGAGAAUGGUAGUCAGGUUCAGAUCAGGGGAAAAGCUUGAGAUCUCACCAUGUGGCAGUGUCUGUAGCUUCAAUGCAACAUUUGCUUUUUUAAAAGAAAAUGUGUCCUGUUCCAGGUCAACAUGAUUGUGUCAUAGAAGUGAUGUAAUCCAGUGACUCACAGGCCACAACAUGUGCUUUCAGACUGCUGUGAGUUCAGUGCUUCUCUUUUCAUCCUGGGCUUGUAUUGCAAAGACUUAUACUGUUUAAUAGAAAUAAAAUCGCACUAAGUGACAAAUAUGAGUGACUUAUCUGCCACUGUAGACAUCUGUUCUGUUUGUGAAAAUGGUAGAUCUAAAAAACCCCAAAGUUUAGAAUUUUCUUUUGUGUAUUUUUUAUUUUUAUGAAGCAUCACACAGGUGAAGAUCUGAGGCUCCAGUCCUGUUGGCCAACAGUGAUCUGUAGAACCUGUGCUGGUUGUUGUGUGCUCUGCAAACACCGAACAGUUCAAACCUUUCGUUUCCACAUUCAUUUUUUGUCUUGAUAAUAAAAAUCUAAAGGAGAAAACCUUGCAGUGGAUAACAAGCAUCUUAGUUUGUUGAGGAGAUUUUGUGGUAAAACUGAGAAAGAUGUUUAAAAAAAAUCACUGUUUUCUGUUUUUAAAUGAUCAGCUUAGACUGUUUUCCUUACUUAAAGCAUAAAUGCAAAUUCUACAUUAAAAAACGUCAAGAAUGACUGACUGAAAUUGGGUCUUAAAUAUGUCCCUGCAGGACUAUUUUGUUCUAUUCGUUCCUACUAAAGAAAAAGCAGAAUUCUUGCCUACUAGCAGAUUUUCUGAUACUUGAUUACACAGUUUUUCUGUAUCUGAGUAUUUGACUUUUUUUUUUUAGAGAGAAGCCAUGUGGUCUUCAGUGAAAAUAACAUUUGUGUGUGACAAACGUGGAGCCGUCAAACUGGAUCCUGUUCUUUCAUUUUGCAUACGUCGAUGCAAAGUUUAUUUUCCCUGAAUAUUACAAAGAAAGCUGAAUUGUUUGCAGUAGCAGGAAAUGUUCGAGCGUCUUUGUGUUCCUGCAUGGUUUCUGUAGCUUGAGGCAGCUGACGGCUCAUGGCUGGAUCACCAACUGUGCACUUUAUUAUUUAACGAUCAUGUUUUUCAGAAUGUACUGAUUUAUCAGCACAACUCCAACCAGAGUGGUCGUAGCUGAUGUGAUGUACCUACUGCUGUGAUCAUUUGACAUUUGCAUUGCAGUGCAUGGAGCUGUAAACAAACUGGCCGAAUAAACAAAGCAAAGCAGACAUGUUUUCUUUUAGAUUACACAGUCUAUUUAUUGAUUUGUUUAGAUUGAAAUGCUUUGGAACUGUCAUGUGUUCUUCAUCAAAGGUUUGUACCACCAUGUCAUUUAUAAUAAACUAAAUUCAUGCACAAUGAUGAAAA